UUCAGCAAACAAGCAAUUAGCCAAAAUGAUACCUGGAGGCUUAACUGAUGCCAAACCUGCCACUCCAGAAAUCCAGGAGAUGGUUAACAAGUUUAAAUCACAGCUGGAAGAAGAAACGAAUGAGCGUUAUGAACAAUUUGAAGCUGUGGAGUACAAAACUCAAGUAGUUGCUGGAACAAAUUACUACAUCAAGGUAAGAGUAGGUGAAGAUCGUUAUAUUCACAUGAAAAUUUUCAAAAGCCUUCCUGGACGAAAUCAGGAUUUGGUGCUUUCUGCAUACCAGACAGACAAAAGCAAGAAUGACGAGCUGAUUGGCUUUCAGUAGCAUGUUCCCAAAGUGGUUUGAUUCCUUCC